AUGGCAACAGGAGAAGUAAAGCUUCUAGGAACAUGGUCGAGCCCAUUUGUUCUUCGGAUCAAAUGGGCACUGGGAAUGAAAGGAGCUCAAUAUGAGUUCAUAGAAGAAGAUAUUUCAAACAAGAGUCCUAUGCUUUUACAAUAUAAUCCAGUGUAUAAAAAGGUCCCCGUUCUCGUCCAUGAUGGAAAACCAAUUACAGAAUCGCUAAUCAUACUUGAAUACAUCGAUGAGAUGUGGAAGGAGAACCCGAUCUUGCUGAAAGAUCCCUAUGAAAAAGCCGUGGCCCGUUUCUUGUCUAAUUUUGGAGAUAGUAAGGUAUGCAUCACUGCUAUUUACCUCUUGUUACAUUUAUGCAUAUCAACAGGAGAAAAGCAGCAGGAAGCAAUUACCUCAGCAGCAGAGAACUUAAACAUUUUAGAGGAAAAGCUAGAAGGGAAAAGGUUCUUCGGUGGAGAGACAAUUGGUUAUGCAGAUAUAUCACUUGGUUGGAUAUCAUACAUGGUGAGUUUGUUGGAUGAUGUUACUAAUGUAAAGCUGAUCGAUGAGGUGACGUACCCGUUGCUUUCGCAGUGGAUAAGUAACUUCACAAGCUCUCCACUCAUAAAAGACAGUUUACCUCCUCGAGAUAGAAUGGUCUCAAAAUUCCGUAUGCUUCGUGAAGCCUUCCUCGCAUCAGCAGCCACGGCUUGA